AUGGCACCACUGCUUUUUGGCCACAACGUCGCCGGUGAUAGGCACGAGUUUGACCCGGAGCGAUGGAUAACCAAGUAUUCCUCUAGCCAGAGUGGACCUAACGGACAGCCGGGUAGUUCAAGGCUGGCAGAACGGCAUCCAGAGACGGGCAUCGACGUGCUGAUUGUUGGUGCCGGCAUGGGCGGUCUAAUGUCAGCGCUGGAAUGCUGGAGAAAGGGACACAACAUUGUUGGAAUCCUAGAGAGACAAAAUGGGCCUGUGUAUUCAGGGGACAUUAUUGUCAUUCAACCUUCUGCUGUGACGGUAUUCCGACACUGGCCAGACCUGAUGCGCGACAUGGAAGACGAGCAAAUUCAUGCCAGUAUCAAGUAUGUAAGACACAGCGGAGAACACAUAUACGGGCCUACUAUUCCAAAUUUUAAUGAAGCAGAAUAUGUCGCUUCCCGCAAAGGCCCUACCGUCGCAGCGGCUCAAAUUCGACAAAAGUUCUACCGCAUGUUACUCCGCCAGGUUGCCAAAUUGGGAUUAAAAGUCAGUUAUGGGAAACAAGUCGCUCGAUACUUUGAGAAUAACAUCUCUAACAAAGGAGGUGUUGUGCUCGAAAAUGGAGAUAUUCACGUUGCCGAUGUGGUUGUUGCCGCAGACGGGUUGAGGUCGAGGUCUGAAUUACUUGUCUGUGGAGGAGAGGUUAAACCUCCGAAGUCUAGCGGCAUGUCUAUAUAUCGAGUAUCGUUUCCACGAGAGAUGGCUAUGAAGAAUGACUUGGUUCGGAAGAAAUGGGGCGAUUCACCUUCAAUGUGGGAAUAUUGGCUUGGUCCCGGAAUGUAUAUUGGGAUCUGGGUCUCGGACGAGAUUGUUGGAUGGGGAUUUACUCCUCGAGAUACUGUUGGAGCACCAACGGAGACUUGGGAGCCAGAUACCGAUGCAGAAGAAGUUGUGAAGACUCUGCUUAGGGUUCCUGGAUGGGACCCUGCUAUUUCAGCCCUCAUUCGCAGCUCACCAAAAAAGGGCGUCGUCCACUGGCCAUUACUUUGGCGUGAUUUGCGCCAGGAAUGGACAUCGCCUGGAGGUCGUGUGGUGCAAGUUGGCGAUAGCGCUCACAGCUUCACCCCUACGUCCGGCAACGGGGCCACACAGGCUCUUGAGGAUGCUAUUACUUUGGCUACAUGUUUGCAAUUGGGAGGUUCAUCUCGCGCUGUGCCAAUGGCGACCAAGAUCCACAACCUGCUUCGUUAUCAGCGAGUAUCCUGCGCCCAGAAAAUGACGUUCGUGAAUUCCCAGCUCAAGACCGAGACAGACUGGGAUGCUAUCUUGAAGGAUCCCGUCAAGAUUAAAACCCGCUUUCCGAAGUGGGUUUUCAACCAUGACCCCGAACAGUACGCCUAUGAGAAGUAUGGUCAAGCUUUCGCUAAUAUCGUGGCCGGGGCCCCGUUCGAGAAUACGAACUUCCCGCCUGGUCAUACGUUUGUGCCAUGGACGAUUAACGAAGUGUACAAGGAGAUGGGGAAUGGUAGGCGCGUUGAAGAUUUACUAGAUGGGGAUUGGUCUUAG